AUGGGCUCCUCGCAAGCACGCCGCAUGGGGCGUGUGGGAGGGCAAGGAAUGAUGGUGCUGCUGCUGGCCAGUCUGCUCCUGCCAGGUACCUUGGCUAAGAGCAUCAGGACCUUCUCAGACCCCAUGAAGAGCUCUGCUCGCAUCACCUCCCCCAAUGACCCCUUUCUCAAUGGGGGUGCCAAUAGCAUCAGUAGCCACGGAGGCUCCAGCAGUUCCAGUUCCAGUGGUGGUGCUGGGGGUAGCUCUGGUGGUGCUGGUGGCUCCAGCGGCUCCAGCGGCUCCAGCAACUCCCAGGGCAUUUUUUCAGGAUCGUCCUCAUUUAAACCGGGAACAGGGUAUUCCCAGAGCAGCUUCUCUGGUUCUGGCUCUAGUCUUCAAGGUGCAUCUGGUUCCUCCCAGUUCGGAAGCAGCAGCUCCCAGUAUGGAAGCAGCCAAUCUGGAAGCAGCGGCUCUCAGACGGGAAGCAGCGGCUCUCACUACGGAAGCAGCAGCUAUCAGACCGGAAGCAGCGGCUCUCACUCCGGAAGCAGCAGCUCUCACUCCGGAAGCAGCAGCACUCACUCCUUAAGCAGCAGUUCUCACUCGGGAGGCAGCAGUUCUCAGUCAGGGUCUGGCUCAGCUCUACCAGUUGACGACAAUUCUUCCCGCCAUGUCAUAAGCUCUUCUCAGUCUGGGGGAGGCUCGAGCUCUUCUGUUUCUCAAACUUGGAAGUCCAGCAGCAGUGGCCAAAACCAGAACCCCUGCAGUUCUGAUGUCUCUGACUCUCCCUGCAGUGGGGGUAAUAUUGUCUCACACUCUAACUCCUACAUCUCUAACUCCCACUCUGUGUCAGGGGGGAAAAGGCCAGUGGUGGUGGUGGUGGAGCAGCAUGGCUCUGGUGGCCCUGGAGGGGUUCAGGGUGGUCCCUGCGGUAACGGUGUCCUUCAAGGCAAGCCCUGUCCCCCCAUCACUUCCAUAGACAAUUAUGGCAGCUAUGAGGUGGUGGGUGGCUCCUCUGACAAUUACCUGGUCCCAGGCAUGACCUACAGUCGGGGGAAAAUCUACCCUGUGGGCUACUUCACCAAAGACAACCCUGUCAAAGGCUCUCUGGGGGUCCCCUCCUUUGCAGCUGGCCCACCCGUCUCGGAAGGCAAAUACUUUUCUAGCAAUCCCAUUAUUCCCAGUAAAAGCUCUUCUGGUUCCAGUAUCUAUCAGUCAGGAUCCUCCUCCGUUAUCGUGUUCCAGCCAGUGGGUUCUGGUGGGGUCCAGCCUUGCAGAGGCAGUUCCACAGGUUCUAAGGGGCCCUGCAACUUCUCCGGCACUGGAAGCCAUGGCAGUUCUAGUAUUUCCAUCAGUUCUGGUUCAUCCUCCCAUCCUUGUGGUGGGGUUUCCCAGGGACCCUGUUCCUCCCCAGGCACAGGCUCCUUUAGUGGCAGCUCUAGCUCCCAGUCCAGUGGUAAGAUCAUCCUUCAGCCCUGUGGCAGCAAGUCCGUCUCUUCUAGUCACCCCUGCAAUUCUGUCUCCUCCUCCACCCUGAGUGGCGGCCCUGAUGGCAAUCCCCAACCCGAUCCUUCAGCUGGUGCUAGGCCCUGUGGCUCUGGAAGUUCUGCAAAGAAUCCCUGCCGCUCCAUCCGAGAUAUCCUGGACCAAGUAAGGCCUCUGGGACCCCAGCUGGUUGACCCUGAGGUUUUCCUACCCAAGGGAGAGCGACCUGGCAGUUCAUAG